AAUCAAUAACAAUUUCGCAGCAUCCUUUGGAGUUACCUGUCCCCAACAGGUUGUGUCUCGCGGUCGUCCUGGAAUGAGCUCAUUUAACCAGAGGCUUCGUCAUGAACCGGGCCAGGACAACCUCGACUCGUCUGCGCUGGAUUUGUGCUUUUGGCCUGGCCAUAUCCUUGUACUCCUUGUACGUGAAACUCAAACUCGGCAAGGACGAAAACUACAAACCGAUUUGUGAUGUGGCGGAUUAUGUUAGCUGCUCAUUGGUUUUCAAAUCAAACUAUGGAGAUAACUUUGGUUUCAAUACAAAAUUGUUUUACGAACAAAUCCCCAAAAACCUGAACCAGCCGAAUGGAGCCAUCGGAUGUGUCUUCUACUUGUUGUAUUUUUUAAGCUCCUUUUUUGAACAUCGAUGGCUUUGUGUGGCUCAACUGAUAAUAUGUUCUUUCACCUUAAUUCUUUGUUUUUAUUUAGGUUUCCUGCUAGUUUUUGUUUUCUACAAUUGCUGUGUGGUUUGUGUUACUAUUUAUAUUAUUCAAACCUGGUUGUUCCUGGAGGUAUUCAGACGCUACAAACGUCUCUAUAUGAACAAAUAAAAAGUGAAAUAAAAUGAAAAUGUUUGG